CCAGCGUUUCUCUGGAGGGAGGCUGGGAAGGCUUUGGCGGCUUGGGAGACCAUUAAACAUAACAUAACUGGUGUGUGGCAAAUCACAGAGUUGGAAUCAGACUGAGGCGCAAGUGAGCUUUUAAAUUUUGCCAAAAUGGCAGACACUGGAGAUGACUAUGAGGAAUUCGAGGAGGAGGAAGAGGAGGAGUUUAUGGAGCAGAUUACAACCACGACGUUCUCUGAGCAUCAUACUCAGUCCUCUCAGUCUGGCUUGCCCACCAGGAAAGUCAGAAAGAAGGUGAAAGUGGAUACUUCCAAGUUCAUGACUCCAUAUCUGGCCCACAGUCAGAAGAUGCUGGAGCUUUUCAGCAAUAAUAAAUACCGCCAAGCUUAUGACUUGUCCAGAGGGACGCCUCCCGCUCUGUCCACUGACACCCCUGAACUGAUCCGUAUCAGGAAGGCCCAGGAGCAGCUGAGUGAGGUGAAAUACCGAAUGGAGGGAAACAAGGCUCGGACAACCAGCUUGUACGGUGGUGAUGCCAGGGAGGUUGUCCACGUCAAGCAUGUGUCAGAGCUGGUCAGCAAGGUUCUGUACAGACAGAAGUGGGAUGAGACUAAGGACAGGUACCUGCUGCCUCCCGAUGCUCCUGAGCUGGUUCUGGCUGUGAAGAAUGCUGCUAACUAUAGCAAGAAACUUUACACAGAAGCCUGGGACGAGGAGAAGAUCCUGUACUACCCCUACAGUGACAGCCCUGAGUUGCGAAGGGUAGCUAAGGCUCAGGAAGUCCUCAGUGAUGUUAAAUAUAAGAAGGGACACGAUGAGCGCAAAGCCAAGUACACGUCCUUGGCGGAUCCUCCUGAGAUGGAGCUUGCCAGGAGAGUUGCCGAUCAGCGCAGCGAUCUUAAAUACAAGGAAGACUACAAUAAAAACGUUAGGGGUCAGUGGUGUGAGACGCCUUAUUUUGACAUCGCCAUUGCCAGGAUGGCAAUGGAUAAUCUCAGCGACAGAAAAUACACUCAAGAUUAUGAGAAUAAAAAAGACCAAAUAUACUUCAUGCAAACCGACACACCUGUGUAUGACUCAUGCAAGAAGGCCCGUAUUGCUGCUAGUGAGGUCCAAUACAAGAAGGAAUAUGAAAAGUCAAAAGACCAGUGUGAUUACAAUACGCUACCUGCCACAGAGAAUCCACUCCUCAGACAGCUCAGAUAUGCUGGCACCAUCCUUAGUGACAAAGUAUAUAAGGCCAGCUAUGAGAAAUCCAGAGGUUUCAGCAUCAACUACUGCGACACACCAAAGUUCCAGAUGGACUCUGUGCUCAAAAAGUUCUCUGACGCACAUUACAAGGAGAAGUAUGAAAAUGAGGUAAAGGGUCACUACAUUGGCAGCUAUGAAGACCUCUAUAUGCUUCACUGCCAGAAAGUUGAGGAAAUGAAGAGUGAGCAUACAUAUAAAGCGGAUUAUGAAGACAUAAAGACGAGAUGCUUCUUUCCUCAAACUAUUACACCUGAAUACGAGGCUGUGAAGAAGCUUCAGCAGUGCAGUGAUAAAGUUUACCGUCAACAUCCAGACACAGUGAAGUUUACACAAGUCGUGGAUUCGCCAGUCCUCGUCCAAGCAGCCAUCAACGCCAAGCAGCUAAGUGAUCUAAACUACAAGGCAAAGUUUGAAGAGACAAAGUUUAAGUGUAAUCUGCCCCCAGAUUAUCCCUUCUUCAUCCAGUCCAGAGUCAAUGCCUUUAACCUGAGUGACAGUUGUUAUAAAUAUGACUGGGAGAAAACUAAAGCAAAGAAGUUUGAAAUUAAGGGUGACGCCAUCCCAAUCCUUGCUGCCCGUGCUCACACAAACAUUGCCAGUGACGUUAAGUACAAAAAGGAGUAUGAAAAGAACAGGGGACAGAUGAUCGGAGCCCUUUCUAUUAAUGACGACCCCAAGAUCUUGCACUCGGUUCAUGUGGCCAAAAUCCAGAGUGAUCGUGAAUAUAAAAAGGACUAUGAAAAAAUCAAGACCAAGUACCAUACGCCACUAGAUAUGAUGUCUGUCACUUUGGCCAAGAAGUCCCAAGCAAUUUCCAGCAUGGCCGGCUACAGGAAGAUCAGCCCCAACUACUUUAUGCCUUAUGACAGUGUGCUGCUGGACCUGGCCAAGAGAGCCAACAGCAUCCAGAGUGAUAACGAGUAUAAGGCUGAAUACAACAACUAUGUUAAAGGUUCCCCAUGGGUGCCAUAUGGCUCCAUGGAUGUAGAAAAGGCAAAGAAAGCAGCUGAGAUUCUCGACGAGAGAAAAUACCGGCAGCACCCGGACACCAUCCCGUUCACAGCUAUAGAUGACCAUCCCAUAAUGCUGCAAGCUAAAGUCAAUCAGCUUCAGAGGAGUGAUCUUUUCUACAAGAGAGGUCUCGAGGAGGUCCAUCAAAAGUACUCUCUGCCUCCUGAUGCUCCAGAGUUCCUCCAAGCCAAGUGCAAUGCCUACAACAUCAGCAAGAACUUCUACAAGUACGCUUGGGAGGAGACGAUCGCUAAAGGUUACGACAUGAGGCUGGAUGCUAUCCCGAUUGUUGCUGCCAAAGCAGCCAGACAUGCUGCCAGCAACGUCCAGUACAAAAAGGCGUAUGAGAAGGAAAGAGGCCACCAUGUUGGCUUCCGCAGCCUGCAGGACGAUCCUCUACUGGUUCACUACAUGAAUGUGGCAAAAAUACAGAGCGACAAACUUUACAAGAAGGACUACCACAAAGCAAAGCUGAAGUACCACACCCCAGUGGACAUGAUGAGCAUGGCUCAUGCUAAACAUGCCACAAAAGUGCAGACAUUUGCUGGCUACAAGCAGCACCAUCACAAUUAUUUUCUCCUGCCUGAUGCAAUGAAUCUUCAGCUUGCUCGCACCAUGAACUAUAAUGCCAGCGACAACAAUUAUAAAAUGGAUUAUGAGACCUCCGUAAAAGGAACAGGCUGGAUUCCGAUCGGUUCCCUGGAUGUGGAAAAAGCCAAGGCGGCAGCAGCUGCUCUGGAUGAGAGAAAAUACAGGCAGCAUCCUUCCACUCUCAAAUACACCAGCGACAUGGACUCCAUGAACAUGGAGCUGGCUAAAACCAAUGCAAAGAUAAUGAACGUGAAGGAAUAUAAAGCAAGUGGAGAGAAGUUCAUGCACACUUAUCACCUCCCAUCUGAUACCCCUGAACUGAUGCAAGCCAGGUACAAUGCUGUCAACAUUAGCCAGAACCAUUACACCUAUGCACAUCGCCAAGACAUCCUUAAGGGACAUCACAUGAAGCAAGACGCCAUUCCAAUAGUAGCUGCCAAAUCAUCAAGAGACAUUGCCAGUAAUUAUAAAUAUAAGCUGGCUUACGAGAAGGCCAGAGGCCACCAUGUUGGUUUCCGCAGCCUUCAUGACGACCCUCUGCUGGUGCAUUACAUGCAAGUGGCCAAGAUGCAGAGUGAAAAGAACUACAAGAAGGACUACCACAAGUCCAAGCUGAAGUACCACACCCCAGUGGACAUGCUGAGCGUGAUUCAUGCAAAGCAGGCCUCUACCGUUCAGACCAUGGCUGGAUACAGGAAAGUCCCUCACAGCUUCCUCCUUCUCCCCGACAACAUGCACCUGCAGCUGUGCCGUAACAUGAUGGAGAUUCAGAGUGACAAUGUCUACAAAUCAGAAUACAACAACUAUGUCAAAGGUACAGGCUGGAUACCCAUCGGUUCUUUAGAUGUUGAGAAAGCCAGGAGUGCCAGAGCUGCCUUAGAUGACAGAGGCUACCGCCAGCAUCCAAGCUCCUUGAAGUACACCAGCCAGACUGACGACAUGAACAUGUCUCUGGCUCUGGCCAACACAAAGCAAAUGGACAAAAUUGCAUACAAGGCAUCUGGGGAAAAAUUCAUGCACACCUAUCAUCUGCCAGCCGACAGCCCGGAGUUCCUCCAGGCUAAAUUCAACGCCCAAACCAUCAGCGAGAAUCGAUACAGGCAGCAAUGGCUGGAAGAUAUUGCCAAGGGAUAUGACAUGAAGUCUGAUGCUAUUCCUAUUCUCCAUGCCAAGCAGGGCAGACAUAUCGCCAGCAAUGUUCAAUACAAGAAGGAGUAUGAAAAGGAAAGAGGCCACCAUGUGGGCUUCCGCAGCCUGCAGGACGAUCCUCUCCUGGUUCACUACAUGAAUGUGGCAAAAAUACAGAGUGACAAGUUUUACAAGAAGGACUACCACAAAGCAAAGCUGAAGUACCACACCCCAGUGGACAUGAUGAGUUUGAUCCAUGCCAAGCAGGCCUCUGCUGUUCAGACCAUGGCUGGAUACAAGAAGAUCCCUCACAACCACCUGCUCCUACCUGACAACAUGCAGCUGCAGCUGUGCAGAAAUAUGAAUAUAAUCUCCAGUGAUGUUAAUUACAAAUCUGACUGGAACAACUAUGUCAGAGGUAUCGGAUGGGUACCAAUUGGGUCCCUCGCAGUUGAAACUGCUAAAGUGGGCGGUGAAAUUCAAAGCGAGAGGAAGUACCGACAGCAUCCGUCUAACUUCAAAUUUAGCAAACUGAUGGACUCUAUGGAUUUGGCUCUGGCUACUGCUAACAACCAGAUCAUGAACAAGAAAGCGUACACUGCUGCCUGGGAGAAAGACAAGUUGACCAUCCACAUUAUGCCAGAUUCUCCAGAAAUCCUCCUGGCUAAGGCAAAUGCUCUGACUAUGAGCGAGAAACUUUACAAAGCCGGUGUUGUGGAGAUGGCAAAUAAAGGCUACAACCUCAAAGCUGAUGCAAUUCCAAUUGUGGCGGCCAAGUCUGGUACAACCAUUGCCAGUAAUUACAAGUACAAGCUGGCUUAUGAGAAGGCCAGAGGCCACCAUGUUGGCUUCCGCAGCCUCCAGGACGAUCCUCUACUGGUUCACUACAUGAAUGUGGCAAAAAUACAGAGUGAAAAGCUCUACAAGCAAGACUACCACAAAGCAAAGCUGAAGUACCACACCCCAGUGGACAUGAUGAGCGUGGCUCACGCUAAACAUGCCACAAAAGUGCAGACAUUUGCUGGCUACCGGAACAUCCAGCACGCUAAUACUCUCCUCCCAGAUGCUAUGGGCCUGGAGCUUGCACGUAACAUGAAUACCAUUGCUAGUGAUUGGAAUUACAAGGCUGAAUGGAACAACUAUAUUAAAGGUAUAGGAUGGGUCCCAAUCGGUUCACUUUCAGUAGAAACGGCCAAAGUCGGCGGUGAGAUUCUCAGUGAGAGGAAGUAUCGUACCCACCCGUCUAAAUAUAAGUACAGCAAAUUAAUGGAUUCAAUGGACAUGGCUCUGUCUACUGCCAAUAAUCAGAUCAUGAACAAGAAAGCAUAUACUGAAGCAUGGGAGAAGGACAAACUGAAAGUCCAUGUCAUGCCAGAUGCUCCUGAGAUUGUCCUGGCAAAAGCCAAUGCUCUCAAUAUGAGCAAUAAACUUUACAAAGCCGGUGUAGUGGAGAUGGCUAAUAAAGGCUACAACCUCAAAGCUGAUGCAAUUCCCAUUGUAGCUGCCAAGUCUGGUACUACUAUCGCCAGCAAUUACAAGUACAAGCUGGCUUAUGAGAAGGCCAGAGGCCACCAUGUUGGCUUCCGCAGCCUCCAGGACGAUCCUCUACUGGUUCACUACAUGAAUGUGGCAAAAAUACAGAGUGAAAAGCUCUACAAGCAGGACUACCAUAAAGCAAAGCUGAAGUACCACACCCCUGUGGACAUGAUGAGCAUGGCUCACGCUAAAAAUGCCACAAAAGUGCAGACAUUUGCUGGCUACAGGCAGAUCCAUCAUACUAAUGCCCUCCUGCCAGAUGCUAUGGGCCUGGAGCUUGCUCGUAACAUGCAGUUUAUCGCCAGUGAUAACGAGUACAAGAAGGAGUAUGAGAACUACAUCAAGGGAGUAGGAUGGGUUCCGAUUGGUUCCCUUGAUGUUGAGAAAGCCAAAACUGCUGGGUUGGUUCUCAAUGAAAAACUUUACAGAAAGCAUCCCAGCAACUUCAAAUUUGUAAAAGACAUGCACUCUAUGGACCUGGUUUUGGCCACUGCCAAUAACCAAAUCAUGGACAAGAAAUCCUACACCAAAGCUUGGGAAAAAGACAAGACUUCUAUCCAUAUAAUGCCAGAUGCAAUGGAUGUUGUUCUAGCCAGGGAUAACAAGAAAAACUACAGUGAGAAACUAUACAAACUGGACAAUGAACUAGCCAAGAAGAAGGGCCAUCACCUUCGCUCUGAUGCCAUUGCAAUUCAGGCUGCCAAGGCCUCGACUAUUAUUGCUAGUGACUACAAGUACAAGACUGGAUACAGGAAGCAGGUCGGUCACCACAUUGGAGCCCUCAGCAUCCAAGAUGACCCUCUACUCAUGCUGGCUCUGAACUCAGCCAAGAUCGCCAGUGACGCUCUUUACAAGAAGGACUUCAAUCAGUCUAAGACCAAGUUCCACCUCCCGGUGGACAUGCUGGCCUUUGAACUGGCCAAGAAGAACCAGAUUCAGGUCAACCACGCCAAUUAUAUAACACGCCUGCACAACUGGACAUGUCUGCCAGAUUCAAACGAUGUAGUCCAGGCCAGGCAUGCUUACAGCUUGCAGAGUGACGCUGUGUACAAGGAGGAUUUGAAGAUGUUGCAGGGCGUUGGAUGGGUGCCUAUAGGUUCUCUGGAUGUGGAAAAGGUUAAAAAAGCUGGGGAAAUCCUGAGUGAAAAGAAAUAUCGUCAGCAUCCGAGCAACUAUAAAUUCAAGAGCACAACUGAGGACAUGCCAAUGGUGCUGGCUAAGGCUAAUAACCAGGUUAUUAAUAAGAAAGCCUAUAUUGAAGCCUGGGAAAAAGAUAAGACCAGCAUCCAUGUCAUGCCUGAUGCCAUGGAUAUCCUUCUGGCUAAAGCAAACAAAGUCAUCUACAGCGAGAAAAUGUACAAGCAGGCAAAUGAAGAGGCAAAGAAGAAGGGAUAUGAUCUGCGAAAUGAUGCUAUUUCCAUUAUUGCAGCAAGGGCCUCCAGGGAUAUUGCAAGUGAUUACAAGUACAAGACUGGAUACAGGAAGCAGGUCGGUCACCACAUCGGUGCCCGCAGCAUCCAGGACGACCCUCUGCUGAUGCUGGCUCUGAACUCAGCUAGGAUCGCCAGUGACGCUCUGUACAAGAAGGACUUCAACAAGUCCAAGACCAAGUUCAACCUCCCAGUGGACAUGUUGAAUCUUGAACUAGCCAAGAAAUGCCAGCAGCAAGUCAAUGACUUCAACUACAGGACUCACCUGCACCAGUGGACAUGUCUGCCAGACUCUAAUGACGUUGUUCAGGCCAGGCACGCAUAUGACCUACAGAGUGAUGCCGUCUACAAAGCAGACCUGAAGUGGCUCCAGGGUCUGGGCUGGGUCCCCAUUGGUUCGCUGGAUGUGGAGAAAGUCAAGAAGGCUGGAGAGGUUUUGAGUGAAAGGCAGUAUCGCCAGCACCCCAGCACAGUGAAAUUCACCAGUCCCAUUGAUGCCAUGAACCUUGUUCUGGCUAAGAACAACGCAGUGACGAUGAACAAGCGCCUCUACACCGAGGCUUGGGAGAACGAAAAGACCAAACUGCACAUCAAACCCGAUACUCCUGAGAUCAUCCUCUCCCAGCAAAAUGCCAUCAACAUGAGCAAGAAACUAUACAGACAAGGUUUUGAGGAGACCAUCAGCAAAGGCUACUUCCUUCCUCCAGAUGCAAUUUCUGUCAAGGCUGCCAAGGCCUCCAGGGAUAUCAUCAGUGAUUACAAGUAUAAGACAGGAUACAGGAGGCAGGUUGGUCACCACAUCGGUGCCCGCAGCGUCCAGGAUGACCCUCUGCUGGUGCUGGCUCUGAACUCAGCCAGGAUCGCCAGUGAUGCUCUGUACAAGAAGGACUUCAAUAAGUCCAAGACCAAAUUCAACCUCCCAGUGGACAUGCUGAAUCUUGAACUAGCCAAGAAAUGCCAACAGCAAGUCAAUGACUUCAACUACAGGACUCGCCUGCACCAGUGGACAUGUCUGCCAGACUCUAACGAUGUGGUGCAGGCCAGAAAAGCAUAUGAUCUCCAGAGUGAUGCUGUGUACAAAGCUGACAGAGAUGAAGUCAUUGGAGUCGGAUGGAUACCCAUUGGUUCCCUGGAUGUAGUGAAAGCCAAAAAUGCUGCCAAAAUUCUGAGCGACCGUCUCUACAAGCAGAAACCAGACACAUUUAAAUACAAAUCUGACAUGAUGGCCAUGCCCAUGGUGCUAGCCAAAGCAAAUGCUGAGAUCAUCAAUAAGAAAAACUACAUUGCUGCAUGGGAGGCAGAAAAAAUAAAAAACCAUGUGACCCCAGACCUUCCUGAGCUGCUGCUUUCCAAAGCUAACGCUUACAACAUCAGCAGGAAAAAUUACAGAGAAGCUGUGGAGGAAAUGUUCAGGAAAGGCUACGACAUGAAGCCUGACGCUGUUUCCAUCAUCGCUGCUAAACACGGAAGAGAAAUCAUCAGUGAUUAUAAAUACAAGACAGGGUACCGCAAGCAGGUCGGUCACCACAUCGGAGCGCUGAGCUGUCAGGACGACCCGCUUAUCGUGCUGGCUUUGAACUCAGCCAAGAUUGCAAGUGAUGUUCUGUACAAGAAGGACUUCAACAAGUCCAAGACUAAAUUCCACCUCCCAGUGGACAUGCUGAAUCUGGAGCUAGCCAAGAAAUGCCAACAGCAAGUCAAUGACUUCAACUACAGGACUAAACUACACAACUGGACUUGUCUUCCGGACUCUAAUGACGUGGUUCAGGCCAGAAAGGCUUAUGACCUGCAAAGUGAUGCUGUGUACAAGGCUGACAUGGAAUGGGUUAAGGGAAUGGGCUGGGUACCAAUUGGGUCAUUGGAUGUGGAGAAAGCCAAGAAAGCAGCAGAGAUCCUGAGCGACAGGAAGUACCGCCAGCAUCCCAGCCAAUUCAAGUUCACUGCCAAGACAUCAGAUAUGCCAUAUGCUCUAGCUCAAGCUAAUGCCCAGAUUAUGAACAAGAAAGCAUACAUUGAAGCCUGGGAAAAGGACAAGACUAACCUGCAUAUCUUACCUGAUACUCCAGAGAUCCUCCUAGCACAGCAGAAUAAACUCAACACCAGUCUGAAAUAUUAUCGUGAAGGUUUUGUUGACACCAUCAACAAAGGCUACUAUCUGCCAAAGGAUGCUAUUUCUGUUGUAGCAGCCAAAGCAUCCCGCGACAUUGUCAGUGAUUACAAAUACAAGGCUGGUUUCCGCAAGCAGUGCGGCCACCAUAUCGGUGCUCUGAGCGUCAGCGACGACCCGCUACUGGUGCUGGCCGCUCAUGUUGCCAAGAUCUCCAGUGACAAUGUCUAUAAGAAGGAUUAUAACAAGACCAAGACCAAGUACAACCUGCCGGUAGACAUGCUGACAAUUGAGCUGGCUAAGAAAUGCCAGCAGCAGGUCAACGACACCAACUACCGAACUUACCUGCACCAGUGGACAUGCCUGCCCGACUCAAGCGAUGUGGUUCAGGCCAAGAAAGUCUACGACCUACAGAGCGAUGCUGUUUACAAAGCAGAUCUGGAGUGGCUGAAAGGAUGCGGAUGGUCCCCCCAGGACAGUGUGGAUGUCAUCAAGGUUAAGCAUGCACAGACCGUUCUCAAUGAUAGGCUGUACCGCCAGCACCCAAGCACCGUCAAGUUCACCAGUGUGGUUGACCUUCCAGCCAUCGUCCUGUCCAAGCAAAACGCAGACAACCUCAGUGAUAGGAAAUAUAGGGAGGUUUGGGACAAAGAGAAGCUCGUCACUCACAUCCCCCCUGACAUUCCUCCUUAUGAGCUGGCCAAGGCCAAUGCUAUCACUGUCAGCAAUAAACUGUACACUCAAGCAUGGGACGACCAAAAGGCCAAAGCCUUCCAAAUCAAGGAGGAUGCUAUAGCUGUGCUGAAAGCUAGAGCCUCCAGAGACAUCAUUAGUGAUUACAAGUACAAAGAGGGAUACAGGAAGCAGGUCGGUCACCACAUCGGUGCUCGCUGCGUCCAGGAUGAUCCUCUCAUCAUGCUGGCUCUGAACUCAGCUAGGAUCGCCAGUGACGCUUUGUACAAGAAAGACUUCAACAAAUCCAAGACCAAGUUCCACCUGCCAGUUGACAUGUUGAGUCUUGAACUAGCCAAGAAAUGCCAGGUCCAAGUGAAUGACUUCAACUACAGGACUCACCUACACCAAUGGACCUGUCUGCCAGACUCCAACGACGUGGUUCAGGCCAGGAAAGCCUAUGACCUCCAGAGCGAUGCUGUGUACAAAGCUGAUUUGGAGUGGAUAAGAGGCUGUGGAUGGAUGCCUCAUGAGUCUGUGGACGUUGUCAAGGUGAAACAUGCUCAGAAGAUCCUUGCUGAUAGAGGCUACCGUAUCAAGCUCGAUAGACAGGAGUUCACGGUUCCUGCUGAUAGAGUUGACCUGGCUUGUGCCAAGAAUGCUGCUGAUGUCUUAAAUGAGGCCAAAUACCGUGAGGCUUGGCACCAGGAAAAGACCAAGUACACUUUGGUAGAUACUCCCGGUCUUGCUACAGCCAGAGAGGUCGCCAAAAAUGUUCACCCGAAACUGUACACUGAAGCGUGGGACAAGGUGAAAGCCACCGGAUUCUUCAUGCCUGGAGACGCUGUACCAAUUAAACAGAGCAUGCUUACAACUAAAGUCCAGAGUAAGCAUAAUUACCUAGAGGGAUACCGCAAGCAGGUUGGCCACCACAUCGGUGCUCGCUGCGUCGAGGAUGAUCCUCUCAUCAUGCUGGCUCUGAACUCAGCUAGGAUCGCCAGUGACGCUCUUUACAAGAAGGACUUUAACAAGUCCAAGACCAAGUUCCACCUGCCAGUGGACAUGUUGAAUCUGGAGCUGGCAAAGAAAUGUCAGCAGCAAGUCAAUGACUUCAACUACAGGACUCGUCUGCACCAGUGGACUUGUCUGCCUGACUCCAAUGAUGUGGUUCAGGCCAGAAAGAUUUAUGACCUUCAGAGUGAUAACGUCUACAGGGCUGAUCUGGAAUGGAUCCGUGGCUGCGGUUGGAUGGCAGCUGACUCUGUUGACCACGUCAAAGUCAGGAAGGCGCAGGAAAUACUUAAUGAACGACUUUAUAAGAAGAACGCCAUAGAAGGCUUUGGAAAAUUCAGCCUGAUUGUGGAUCGUCCUGAGAUUGUCUUGGCCAAGAUUAACGCCGCUAACCUCAGUGAUCUGAAAUAUAAAGAGACUUUCAAUGCUGAGAAAGGUCAUUACAUCGGCUCAGAAGAUACUCCUCAGCUGGCACAUAGUAGAGAUAUGGCCAAGACCAUCAGUGAGAAACUAUACAAAUCACAAUGGGAUAGUACUAAAGCUACAAGCUACAGCCUGGACCAGCAAUACAUCCCACUGCUCAUGGGCAAGAAGAGCAGGGAGAUUGCCAGUGAUGUUAAGUACAAGGAUACUCAUGAGAAAGCCAAGGGCCACUACAUGGCGGGAACCCUGGUGGACUUCCCUGAGGUGGUGCGCUGUGGCCAGCAGGAGAAGAAUAAGGGACUGAGGGUCUACCAGAAGGACUACCACCAAACCAAGACCAAGAUCCACCUCCCAUCUGACAUCAUCGCCAACCAGGUAGCUAAGCGGUGUCAGGACAUGUUGAGCGACGUCCUCUACCGCACCCACCUGCACCAAUGGACGUGCCAUCCAGAACAGGAGGAUGCCAUCCGCGCCCGGAAGACCAACGAGAUUCUCAGUGAUGUGUUUUACAAAGAUGACCUGAACUGGAUGAAGGGCAUCGGUUGUUACGUCUGGGACACACCAGAGAUUCUCCGCGCCAAGAAAUCCUACGAUCUGCAGAGCGAUCUCAAAUACAGAGCUGAUGCCAAGAAAGAAUUUAACAACUACUCCAUUGUGACCGACACACCUGAGUAUGUGACCGCCGUCCUGGGUCACACCUGGGCCAGUGAGCUGAACUACAGGGAGGCUUAUCAGAAGGAGAAGCACAUAUACACCACUGUUCUGGAUACCUACGAUUACGCCAGAUGCCACAACUUCAAAUAUUUCUUCAGCAAUAAAAACUACACAGCAGCCUGGGAUAAAAUUAAGGCAAAGAGCUACCAAAUUCCAGCUGAUUCCAACGCCUUACAACACGCCAAACAGCAGAAGGUCGUUCUCAGCAAUGUCAAGUACAAGGAGGAUUAUGAAAAAUUCAAAUCCCUUUACAGUCUUCCAAAGUCGCUUGAAGACGACCCUGCGACCGCUCGCUGCGUCAAAGCCGGAAAGCUGGUUCUAGAUCGUCUGUACAAGGAGAACUACGAGAAGACAAAGGCCAAGAACCAUAUCCCCCCUGACAUGCUGGAGAUCAUGUCUGCUCGCAACACCCAGUCCACCGUCAGCGGCAUCCACUACCGCAAAUAUCUACACCAGUGGAUAUGCCUGCCCGACAUGCAGAUGUAUGUUCAGGCACGCAAAGUCAACGAGCAGCUCAGCGAUAUCUUCUAUAAGGAUGAUCUGAACUGGCUGAAGGGUAUCGGGUGUUACGCCUGGGACACUCCAGAGAUCCUGCGGGUUAAGAAUGCUGGUGACCUACAGAGUGAGGCCAAGUACAGAGCCAAAGGUAUCGAGGCGUUCAAGGACUACACUGUAGUGACGGACACUCCGGUGUACGAAACAGCCAAGCUGAACGCUCAGAACCUGAGUGAUCUUCAUUACCGUUACGAUUACAACUCCAACGUCAAGGGCACCCACACCUCCCCUGCUGUUACCAUGGAAACAGAAAGAGCCCGCCUGGCCCACCACAUCCAGAGUGAUAAAUGGUACAAAGAGGCGAACAAGAACUUCAUGCCCACUGGUUUCUCCCUGCCUAGUGAUACUCCGCUCCUCAAGCAGGCCAAGAUGAACAGCGUUGUCACCAGCAAUGUGAAAUACAAGGAAGCCUUUGAGAUGGUGAAGGCCAAAUCCUACACUCUUCAUCCAGAAGGUGUCAACUUCGUCACUGCCAGGAAGGCUCACAAGAUCAUCAACGACCGUUUGUAUCGUGAAACCUACCACAAGCAGAAGGACAAGAUCCACACAACCUACGACACGCCUGAGGUCAAACAGGUCAAGAUGAACCAGCAGAACCUGAGUGAUAUUUGCUACAAGGAGAAAUACUACAACAGCAGAGGCCAGUAUAUCUCUAUGCCUAUAACACCCCAACUCAUGCACUGUCACCACGUCAAUGAGAUCACCAGUGAGCUAAGGUAUAAAGAGGAUCUGAUGUGGCUGAGAGGCGUUGGCUGCUUCCUGUAUGACACCCCGGAGAUGGUCCACGUCCGUAACAUCACCAAAUUCAGGACAAGCUAUCCAGACGAUGCUAAAAAGAACCUCUCUAACUUCACUGUGGUCCUGGAUACUCCAGAAUACAACCGCGUGACCGAGUUAAAGACCCACAUGAGUGACAGGAUAUACAGAGCUCAGAGCAGAAAGGAUAUGGUUAAAGUUUCCUCCAUCGCAGACUCUAUGGACAUCAAGCGAGUCAAGUGGGCCCAGCAGCUGACAAACAAGUACCAGUACACAGAUCUGGCCUCUAAGGAGAGAACUCAUUUCACUCCAGAAAAAGACACUCCAGUCAAUCAACAUGCAAGAAAAAUGAAAGUGGUCUUCAGUGAAAUUAAAUACAAGGAACAGUAUGAAAAGAUGAAGCACAGGUACACUGCUAUUGCUGACACGCCCAUGCUGAUCCGUUCCAAGAAAGCCUACCUGCAGUCCAGUGACUUGCGCUACAAGGAAACAUUUGAGCUUUCCAAAGGCCACUAUCACACCAACAAGGAUGCCCUGGACAUCGUCUGCCACCGUAAAUUCACCGAUGACAUCAGCGAGGUCAAAUACAGAGAGAAGUAUAUUAACUCUCUGGGCACAUGGAAGUCCAUCCCUGACCGCCCCGAGUUUUUCUUCAGCAAGAUAGCCAAUGAUAACAUCAGCAAUGUGAAGUAUAAGGAGGACUUGGAGUGGCUGAGAGGUAUCGGCUGCUACGCGUGGGACACUCCUGAGCUGCAGCUGGCUGAUAAGAAUAAGACUCUCUACAGUGAGAGACUCUACAAAGCCUCCUUUGAGAAGAACAGAGGAAACUUCAAAUACACGUGCGACACGCCGUUCUUCGAGGCUAUGAGGAACGCCUCACUUCUUAUCAACGAUAAAAAAUAUAAAUCCCGAGCAAAGGAUCUGCUACAGACUGGCUGCAAUGAGUUACUCCGUCCUGACAUCCUCACAGCCCUUUGCCAGUCUGCUAUGGGCAGCAAGUGGAAGUACAGGGAGCAGUAUGAGCGCGCCAAAGAUAAGUUCACUUCUGUUCUGGACACUCCUGAGUAUGAGGCUCACAAACGCAGCAAGAAGAUUACGGAUAUCAUCUACAGGAUGGAGUACAACAAGACCAAGGCCAAGGGAUACACUUUGCCUUACGAUACUCCACACCAGCAGCACAUGAAGAAGGUCAAAGAGAUCACCAGCAAUCUGAAAUACAGAGAGGUUUAUGAGAAGAGCAAAGCCCAGAUCAACAUGGACCCAGAGGCUCAUGAGAUCCGUGCUGCCAAAGAGGCGUACAAGAACAUCAGCAAUCUUGACUACAAGAAGAAGUACGAGGCAACAAAGAACAAGUGGAUCUGGACAGCAGACAGACCAGAUUUUCUCAAUGCUGCCAAAAACUCUCUGCAGCAGAGUGAUGUUGAGUACAAAUAUGACAAAGAGAUGAUGAAGGGCUGUGUGAUCCCUGUCGCCAGUGAUAAGUACACAAUCCUGCACAAGCAGAACGCUGAAAUGUCUAGUGAUGUGAAGUACAAAGAGAAAUAUGAAAAGACAAAGGGUCACUACAUACCUGUUCUGGAUACGCCUCAGAUUCUUCAUGCCAAAGCUGUGCGAGCUCUAGUAUCAGAGAGCAAAUAUAAGCAGGAAAGUAAGAAGAUCAUGCAAUCUGGCUCAUUCACCAAACUGGCCGAGACUCGUGAUACCGCCCACAGCAAGGAGGUCAAGAAGCUGAUCAGCGAGAAACAAUACAAGCAGAAGUUCGAGAAGGAAAAGGGCAAGUCUGUGUACAACCAAAUGCUUGUGCCACCUGAUGUUCAGCAUGCCAUGGACGUGGCGAAGAAUCAGAGCAAUAUUGCGUACAAAAAGGAUGCCAAAGCCAACCUGCACUACACCACUGUGGCUGACCGUCCUGACAUCCAGAAGGCCACCCAGGCUGCGAAGCUAAUCAGUGACAUCGGCUACCGUGAAAAAGCUCGUGAGGAGGCCAGCCGUGGGGGUUCUCUCAUCAACCGUCCAGACAUUGCUUUGGCAACCCACGUGUCCCAGCUGACCAGUCAGGUGGAGGGCAAGGCCUCCCUCCAUGGAGCAGCUUCCUAUGAUACCCCUAUGAUGCGGCACAUUAAGAAAAUGAGUUCGGUGACUAGUGAUGUGAAGUACAAGGAGAAAUUUGAUAAGGAGAUGAAAGGAAAGAAACCUCAGUUUGACCCGAAGGAGAGCAAGAUUUACAAAACCAUGAAGGAUGCCAACGAUCUGGCUAGUGAGGUGAAGUACAAGGGUGACCUGAAGAAGAUCCACAAACCUGUCACCGACAUGGCCGAGUCUCUGUCCAUGCAGCACAAUCUGAGCACCAGCAAACUCUCAAGUGACUACCGCUACAAGAGGAAAUUUGAGGAGAGUAAGGGUCACUACCACAUGAUUCCUGACACACCAGAGCAGCUUCAUCUCAAGGAGGCCUCUGAACUUCAGAGCAACGUUAAAUACAGGGAGAAAUAUGAGAAGGAGAAGGGCAAACCCAUGCUGGACUUUGAGACCCCGACUUAUGUGACGGCUAAGGAGGCCCAGCACAUGCAGAGCCAGAAAGACUAUAAGAAGGACUUUGAGGAGUCCAUGAGGGGGAAGAACCUCUCAGGCUUGGAGGUCACUCCUGCCAUGAUUCAUGUCAGACACGCCACCAAAAUAGCCAGUGAGAAAGAGUACAGGAAGGAUCUAGAGGAGGGAGUGAAGGGUAAAGGGCUAACUGUACUGGAGGAAACUCCGGAGCUUUUGAGGGCAAAGAAUGCCACUCAAAUCCUGUGUGAGAGGGAGUAUAAGAAGUCAUUGGAGCAGGAGAUCAAGGGUAAAGGAAUGUUGGCUUUGGCUACAGACACGCCGGACUUUAUGAGAGCCAGGAAUGCAACUGAAAUCCUCAGUCAGACUAAAUACAAACAGACCGCUGAGAUGGACAGAGCCAGCUACACCACCGUCAUCGACACCCCUGACAUCAUCCACGCUCAGCAGAUGAGGAACAUCGUCAGCCAGAAAAAGUACAAAGAGGAAGCUGAGAAGACGAUGUCCCACUAUGUGCCGGUUCUGGACACCCCGGAGAUGCAGAGAGUCCGUGAGAACCAGAGGAACUUCAGCACUCUCCAAUACCAGAUUGACCUAAAAAACACAAAAGGCAAAGUGUCUACUGUUAAGGACACUCCAGAAAUGCUCCGUGUUAAAGAAAACACAAAGAAUUUCAGCUUGAUUCAUUACAAAGAAGAUUUGGGAGGAGGGACAGCUUUGCCUGAAACCCCUGAGAUGGAGAGAGUAAAGCGUAACCAGCGCAACAUUAGCACGAUAAAAUACAAGGACUCUGUGGGUCAAGGCACAGCUAUACCGGACCUGCCCGAGGUGAAGCGGGUCAAAGAAACCCAGAAGCACAUCAGCUCGGUCUUGUAUAAGGACAGUUCUGCCAAGGGAACUCCUGUGGUCUUUACUCCUGAGAUGGAGCGGGUCAAAAGGAACCAAGAGAACAUUAGCUCGGUGUUGUACUCUGACAGCUUCCGCAGGCAGGUCCAGGGCAAGGCCGCCUUCGUUCUGGACACCCCUGAGAUGAGGCGUGUCAGAGAGACGCAGCGCAUCAUUUCUGGAGUAAAAUACCACGAGGACUUUGAGAAAAGCAAGGGUAGCUUCACUCCCACCAUCUCUGACCCCGUGACCGAACGCGUGAAGAAGAACACGCAGGACUUCAGUGACAUCAGCUACCGCGGCAUCCAGAGGCGCGUGGUGGAGAUGGAGAGGAGACGUGCGAUGGAGCACGACCAGGAGACCAUCACCGAUCUGCGUGUGUGGCGCACCAACCCCGGCUCCGUGUUCGACUAUGACCCCGCCGAGGACAACAUCCAGUCCAGGAGUCUGCACAUGAUGUCAGUGCAAGCGCAGCGUCGCAGCAAGGAGCAUUCCCGCUCCACCAGCGCCCUGAGCGGCCUGGCCGAUGAGAAGUCUGAGCUUUCCCAGGAUGCUGACCACCAUCUGUCUCUCUACAGUAACGGCUUCACGACCAACUCUAUGGCAGGAUACCAGCAGACCAGGACUGUGGAGCUGCAGCAGAGGUCUUCAUCUGUGGCCACCCAGCAGACCACAGUCUCCUCCAUCCCCUCACACCCAUCUACCACCGGGAAAACCGUGCGUGCCAUGUACGACUACACGGCGGCGGACAGCGACGAGGUGUCAUUCAAAGAUGGCGACGUCAUUGUCAACGUGCAGUCCAUCGACGAGGGCUGGAUGUACGGCACCGUGCAGCGCACCGGCAAGACCGGCAUGCUGCCCGCCAACUAUGUGGAAGCCAUUUAAAGAAGGAGCCCGCCCAUCGUCCCUCCAGAGUGGGCGAGACCCCAUCCACAGGGCAAGCUGACCGGUCCUCCUGCCAUCACCACAGUGGCUUUAGUGCAAUCUGUAGCUUUUCACCUUCUUGUUGCUCUUCAACGUUUAUUAGAAAUUGUGUUGCACUUCCUGUUUUAGUCUGUUGUUCUUCACAUGCUGCUGCUGCUGCCGUUCUUCCUGUGGAUGUGACAUAAGCUUCAUGACGUGACAUAAUAACCGGUUUCACCGAAACAUGCCUACUAUAAAAUACAGACUGUUUUAGAUCGUUCCAAGGUUCUGUUGUAGAAAAAGCACGGCUCUCCAACAGACAGCUCCGACCUACUGCUUUGUACAUUUCAACCAUUUGAUAGCGUAAUUUAAUGUACUGUUUAUGUCUGAACUUCAGAGUAUUUUCCUCUAAAAGCUCUGGACUAGAACCAGUAAUGACUAAUGAAGAACUGGAUGAAUAAAUUAAGAGUUAAGUUGCCAUCCAUCUCCUCCAUGAUCAAACCGCUCCUAAAGAGUUGUAUGAAAUAAGCAUCAGUUUUCCCUCCUUUCUAAGGAAGGCUGGCUAACAGCAUUAUUCUGUGUGCUUUGUUUCUUCUGAUGAUCUGGGUCUUGGCUAAGGCUCGUCCUCCACCUUUAAUCUGUAGUUAAUAAAGCACAACAGGUCCUGCA